CUUUGUUUCGUCAAACAUCUUUCCUUUUUUCCCCAAAUGGUGGGCUCAUGAUCAUUCUUUGUUUCUUUGCUUUGAUUAGACAAAACAAUCCGCUUGUCGUUUGCCAGUGCAAAGAACCGGGUUACCUUCGGGCGUGUUCCUGUUCUUGUCAGUAUUGCUGCAAUAUUUCUCUCCAUCACUUCAUUGUCCGUCUCGCUCAUACAGGCCAUUUCUUCACCUUCUCUGACAAGUGACUCCUAUUCACUGCCUGCCUUUGUCUGUGAAUCAACUCGCGUGUUAUUAGUACAGCCUUUUGACCCCCUGCUAAAGGCCUUUCCGCCCUGUCUGCUGUUUAUUUCUCUUUUCUUUCUCUUUUCUCGCAUCUCAGAAAACAUCAUCAGUUCAUCCCUUCCUAAUCGAGAGCAGCCGCAUCAAACCUCAACGGCGUAUCCUUUGCUCUUUCAAAACCACGACCUUCAGCCUGGCAGUUGGUCUGCAACAAACUACUUGAAUAUUCGAUCAUCGAUCAAUUAACUUGGAUGCCAAUGCGCAACCAAGUGCUCUUUGUGGCCUUUGCCACACUGGCCUCGGCUAUCAACCUCCCGACGGUCUUCGAGAGGCAAGCUACUUGUCCAGCCAACUUUGAGCAAUGUGGAAACAGCCUUCCCAGCAGCUUUUGCUGUCCUAAAGGCAAGGUCUGUCUCCAGCUUGCAGGCAAGACUUCGACUCUCUGUUGUGACAGUCUCGACGGGUGUGAGAUCAUCGCGCCAAUCCUCUGCGACGUCCGGUUGCAGCAAGACCCCAGGUCCAGUGUCAAGACAACUGCGCUGGACAGCGAGCUGCCAAAGUGCGGCAAGGACUGUUGCCCGUUUGGAUACUCUUGCAACAGCGACUCGGAGUGCGUCAAGAACUCUGACCAAAGCAAAGCACCUCCGCCACGAGCUCCCGCUAGCAUUUCAAUACCAUCAUCGACCCCAACGACCCUUACGGUACCGACCAGCACUUCUUCCGACACGAAGGAGACGGCAACGGCGACGGCAAGACCCGUCACCAGUGGAGUACCAAGCGGCGGAGACGAUAAUGCUUCCAAGUUAUCCAUCAUUGGGGGUGUCGUGGGUGGUCUCAUCCUCUUAAUAUUGCUGGGUAUCGGUGUGUGCUUCUGCCUGCGCCGCAAGAAGAAGACAGAAGAUACGCUGCCGACCUCGGGGCGCUCAACGUCAGCAGGUGUGUAUCCGCACACUAUCAGUCACCCUAUCAUGUCCGAGAACUCGGCGAUGCGGUCUGAUUUCAGCCGCAAGGACAGCACCCCACCCAUGCACCGCGCAUCCGGCCAGUUUGAGGAUAUCGACCUCAACGACUCCCGCCGGCAGGUGUCGUACCACUCCGAUAGAAACCCGUUCAGUGACCGACACGUCAGCGUGGCUCCGCUCCGUGGCAUGCGUAGCAGCAACGGCUCCAGCAUCGGCAGCGGGCGCUUCCCAGUCCGACAGGGCGGCUACGGAGGGAUGGGCGAUGGUGGUCCCCGUAACCUCGACCACAAUCGUCAACCCAGCACCGAGAGCAUCAACGUGUUUGCCGACCCUAGGACCGUCAGCGAAAAUGAAUCGGAAGCUGGCUCUGGGGGUCGUAGCCGACGGUCGUUUGAGCAUAGGCGCAUAUCCAACCAGACAACAUUCACGACAAUGAUGCGUCAAGCCGAGUUGGCUCCUGACCAACCUUUUGUUCCUCCCACUGCUUACUCUACGCCGGACCAUAGGAAGUAGUGCGGAGUUUGUCAGCUAUCACCCACAAAAAUGGAGGGCCACUGGUGGCCCUACUUGUUUCUUUCUUUUUUCUUAUCCUUUUGUUUGCGAUUAGCAUAGCAUGGGGUUGGUUUUGUUCAUUGCAUGAGAUCAUUUUGUAUCUCCGGAAACCGGCGUUCCUUGGCUUAAACCAGAUACCACUUUCUUAUCUUGAAUAUUCAAAUGUAUCUAGACGAUAUAUAUAAUCUCUUUCGUAUCCA